GUGUUGGAUUCCAACCCCCCAAAAAAAAUCUUCCAACUUUCUGAACUCAAAACUUGAAAAUCAGAAGCAGAGAGAAAGCGUGUGAGGAGAGAGAGAGAGAGAAUAGGAUUUUAUUUCUGGGGCUGCAAGUUGGUAUGGCAUUGGCAACAACCACCGCUUCCACUUCCAUGGCGGCCACCGCCGUAUUCCUCCCUUGCCGGCUGCCAGCCACUGCCAAAACGCCCCGUUGCUCCGUUCUGCCCUACCUUCCUCCCCAGCCUCGCUUGUCCACCGCCCCAUCCUCCCCUUCCUUGAAACACCUCUCAGAAUCCCGGAGGUUUUCUCUGCUCCAAGUCAGAGCCUCAGAGGAAUCGUCCCCUCCCGUUGAUGCUGGGGAGUUAUUCAGCGAUCUGAAGGAAAAGUGGGAUGCAGUAGAAAACAAAUCUACAGUAAUUAUUUAUGGAGGCGGGGCUGUAGUCGGAGUUUGGCUAGCUUCAAUUGUUGUUGGGGCCAUCAACUCUGUCCCUCUGCUUCCAAAGAUCAUGGAGUUGGUAGGGCUUGGAUAUACCGGAUGGUUUGUCUACCGAUACCUCUUGUUCAAGCAAAGUAGAAAAGAGCUGGCUACGGACAUUGAAGCAUUGAAGAGAAGAUUGCCGGAACCGAAUAGAAGCCAAGGACCGGGCGGGCUGCGGGGUUUGAACAAUCUGAAAUGUCCUUUAUGAGAGGCUUAUUAUUGUCCUGUAAUGUUAGAAGAGGUCGUCCAUUUAUAUGUUUAUGUACCCUACUACUACUACUACUCUUGUCCUACCAUUACUCAUCUUUGAAAUAAGACUCCGUAAUUCUGAUUUCA